AUGGCCAAGAAGACCGCAAUUGGCAUCGAUCUUGGCACCACCUACAGCUGCGUCGGCGUUUGGAAGAACGAUGGCGUCGAAAUCAUUGCCAAUGAUCAGGGAAAUCGGACGACGCCGUCCUAUGUAGCUUUCACGGACACCGAGCGCUUGAUUGGCGAUGCCGCGAAGAACCAGGUGGCGCGCAACCCGGAGAACACGGUGUUCGAUGCCAAGCGCCUGAUUGGCCGCAAAUUCGCAGAUCCCAUUGUGCAGUCCGACAUCAAGCUGUGGCCCUUCAAGUGUGUUUCUGGUCAGGGUGACAAGCCCAUGAUCGUGGUCACAGUCGAGGGGGAGGAGAAGAAGUUCCACCCGGAGGAAAUUUCCUCCAUGGUGCUCUUGAAGAUGAAGGAGACUGCGGAGGCCUACCUCGGCACCAAGAUCAACGAUGCCGUGGUGACGGUGCCGGCGUACUUCAACGACUCGCAGCGGCAGGCCACCAAAGAUGCAGGCACCAUCUCCGGCAUGAACGUGCUGCGCAUCAUCAAUGAGCCAACUGCGGCAGCCAUUGCCUACGGCCUGGACAAGAAGGGCUCCGGCGAGAGGAACGUCCUCAUCUAUGACAUGGGCGGCGGCACCUUCGAUGUCUCGCUCCUGACCAUCGAAGACGGGAUUUUCGAGGUGAAGGCAACCGCCGGCGACACCCAUCUCGGUGGCGAGGACUUCGACAAUCGCAUUGUGGACUUCUGCAUCCAGGACUUCAAGCGCAAGAAUCGCGGCAAGGACCUGGCGGGCAACCAGCGGGCCUUGCGCCGUUUGCGAACCCAGUGCGAGCGUGCCAAGCGAACAUUGUCUUCCUCUACCCAGGCCACCAUCGAGAUCGACUCCCUUUACGAGGGCAUUGACUACUCCUGCUCACUGUCCCGUGCCCGCUUCGAGGAGCUGUGCAUGGAUUACUUCCGCAACUCCAUGGGCCCAGUGGAGAAGUGCCUGAGGGACUCUGGCAUCGACAAGAAGGCCGUGCACGACGUGGUGCUGGUCGGCGGCUCCACGCGCAUUCCCAAGGUGCAGGCCAUGAUCCAAGAGUUCUUCAACGGCAAGGAGCCCAACAGGUCCAUCAACCCUGAUGAGGCGGUGGCCUACGGUGCCGCGGUGCAGGCUGCCAUCCUGACGGGCGAGGGUUCGUCCCAGGUGCAGGACCUCCUGCUCCUGGAUGUGACGCCCUUGUCCAUGGGUCUGGAAACUGCGGGUGGCGUGAUGACCAAGUUGAUCGAGCGCAACACGACCAUUCCCACCAAGAAGGGCCAGACCUUCACCACCUACGCUGACAACCAGCCGGGUGUGUUGAUCCAGGUCUUCGAGGGCGAGCGCGCCAUGACCAAAGACAACAACCUGCUGGGUAAGUUCCACCUGGAUGGCAUCCCGCCAGCCCCGCGCGGUGUGCCCCAGAUCGAGGUGACCUUCGACAUCGACGCCAACGGCAUUCUGAAUGUAAACGCCUCGGACAAGUCCACGGGAAAGUCCAACCAGAUUACCAUCACCAACGAGAAGGGCCGCCUGUCGCAGUCCGAGAUCGACCGCAUGGUGCAAGAAGCAGAGAAGUUCCGUGCCGAAGAUGAGGCUAACAAGCUCAAGAUCGAGGCCAAGAACGGCUUGGAGAACUACUGCUUCACCAUGCGCAACACCUUGAACGAGGAGAAGCUGAAGGACAAGUUCGAGGGCGGCGACAAGGAGAAGAUCGAGUCGGCCGUUCAGGAGACCCUUGACUGGCUGGACAAGAACCAGCUGGCAGAGAAGGACGAGUUCGAGGCUAAGCAGAAGGAGCUCGAGGGCGUCGUGAACCCAAUCAUGAUGAAGGUCUACCAGGAUCUUGGCACCACCUACAGCUGCGUCGGCGUUUGGAAGAACGACGGCGUCGAAAUCAUUGCCAAUGAUCAGGGAAAUCGGACGACGCCGUCCUAUGUAGCUUUCACGGACACCGAGCGCUUGAUUGGCGAUGCCGCGAAGAACCAGGUGGCGCGCAACCCGGAGAACACGGUGUUCGAUGCCAAGCGCCUGAUUGGCCGCAAAUUCGCAGAUCCCAUUGUGCAGUCCGACAUCAAGCUGUGGCCCUUCAAGUGUGUUUCUGGUCAGGGUGACAAGCCCAUGAUCGUGGUCACAGUUGAGGGGGAGGAGAAGAAGUUCCACCCGGAGGAAAUUUCCUCCAUGGUGCUCUUGAAGAUGAAGGAGACUGCGGAGGCCUACCUCGGCACCAAGAUCAACGAUGCCGUGGUGACGGUGCCGGCGUACUUCAACGACUCGCAGCGGCAGGCCACCAAAGAUGCAGGCACCAUCUCCGGCAUGAACGUGCUGCGCAUCAUCAAUGAGCCAACUGCGGCAGCCAUUGCCUACGGCCUGGACAAGAAGGGCUCCGGCGAGAGGAACGUCCUCAUCUAUGACAUGGGCGGCGGCACCUUCGAUGUCUCGCUCCUGACCAUCGAAGACGGGAUUUUCGAGGUGAAGGCAACCGCCGGCGACACCCAUCUCGGUGGCGAGGACUUCGACAAUCGCAUUGUGGACUUCUGCAUCCAGGACUUCAAGCGCAAGAAUCGCGGCAAGGACCUGGCGGGCAACCAGCGGGCCUUGCGCCGUUUGCGAACCCAGUGCGAGCGUGCCAAGCGAACAUUGUCUUCCUCUACCCAGGCCACCAUCGAGAUCGACUCCCUUUACGAGGGCAUUGACUACUCCUGCUCACUGUCCCGUGCCCGCUUCGAGGAGCUGUGCAUGGAUUACUUCCGCAACUCCAUGGGCCCAGUGGAGAAGUGCCUGAGGGACUCUGGCAUCGACAAGAAGGCCGUGCACGACGUGGUGCUGGUCGGCGGCUCCACGCGCAUUCCCAAGGUGCAGGCCAUGAUCCAAGAGUUCUUCAACGGCAAGGAGCCCAACAGGUCCAUCAACCCUGAUGAGGCGGUGGCCUACGGUGCCGCGGUGCAGGCUGCCAUCCUGACGGGCGAGGGUUCGUCCCAGGUGCAGGACCUCCUGCUCCUGGAUGUGACGCCCUUGUCCAUGGGUCUGGAAACUGCGGGUGGCGUGAUGACCAAGUUGAUCGAGCGCAACACGACCAUUCCCACCAAGAAGGGCCAGACCUUCACCACCUACGCUGACAACCAGCCGGGUGUGUUGAUCCAGGUCUUCGAGGGCGAGCGCGCCAUGACCAAAGACAACAACCUGCUGGGUAAGUUCCACCUCGAUGGCAUCCCGCCAGCCCCGCGCGGUGUGCCCCAGAUCGAGGUGACCUUCGACAUCGACGCCAACGGCAUUCUGAAUGUAAACGCCUCGGACAAGUCCACGGGAAAGUCCAACCAGAUUACCAUCACCAACGAGAAGGGCCGCCUGUCGCAGUCCGAGAUCGACCGCAUGGUGCAAGAAGCAGAAAAGUUCCGUGCCGAAGAUGAGGCUAACAAGCUCAAGAUCGAGGCCAAGAACGGCUUGGAGAACUACUGCUUCACCAUGCGCAACACCUUGAACGAGGAGAAGCUGAAGGACAAGUUCGAGGGCGGCGACAAGGAGAAGAUCGAGUCGGCCGUUCAGGAGACCCUUGACUGGCUGGACAAGAACCAGCUGGCAGAGAAGGACGAGUUCGAGGCUAAGCAGAAGGAGCUCGAGGGCGUCGUGAACCCAAUCAUGAUGAAGGUCUACCAGGCGGCAGGUGGCGGUGGCAUGCCCGAGGGCGGCAUGCCCGGUGGUGGCAUGGGCGGCGCCCCCCCCGGCGGCGCCGGCGGCCCGACCGUUGAGGAGGUUGACUAG